AUGAGCCGGUUACUGUCCGUUGCGCGCAGAGUCGUUUUGGCCGCCGUGCGCUGCAGCGCCCGCGGCUGCAGCGGUCUCGGCAUGUUCUAUGCCGUGAAGAGGGGCCGCAAGGCCGGGGUCUUCCUGACCUGGAGCGAAUGUAGAGCCCAGGUGGACCGGUUUCCUGCUGCCAGAUUUAAGAAGUUUGCCACCGAGGAGGAGGCCUGGGCCUUUGUCCGAAAGCCUGCAAGCCCGGAUGGACCAGAAGGAGAGAAAAAUGAACAUGUACAAGAAUCACAAGUGAAAACAAACAAGCGAGUCCGUGAGCCAUUGGACGGGGAUGAAAAUGCAGAACCGUGUGCGAAGCACGUGAAACAGAACACAGAAUCGGUGCCUUCAGUUAGCAAAGACACUUUUUCUUACAUGGGAGACUUUGUCGUUGUCUACACUGACGGCUGCUGCUCCAGUAACGGGCGCAGGAGGGCACGUGCGGGAAUUGGUGUUUACUGGGGACCGGGCCAUCCUUUGAACUUAGGCAUUAGGCUUCCCGGGCGGCAGACGAACCAAAGAGCAGAAAUUCAUGCAGCCUGCAAAGCCAUCGAGCAGGCGAAGGCUCAGAACAUCAAGAAGCUGGCUCUGUAUACGGACAGUAUGUUUACUAUAAAUGGGAUCACUAACUGGGUUCAAGGUUGGAAGAAGAACGGGUGGAAAACGAGCACGGGGAAAGACGUGAUCAACAAGGAGGACUUUGUGGCGCUGGAGCAGCUGACCCGCGGCAUGGACAUCCAGUGGAGUGUCACCACUUUGGAGCCCGAACGACGAGUGGAUCCGGACACUGAGCACCGGCAGCUGCCAAAUCAAGAAGACGACCGCAGCCUGCAGCUGCAAGUGACUGCACGCGACCAUCUACCGUUUGCUGAACAUGUGGAACCCGAUCCUGAUCAAGCCUCUGGGUCCCGCUGCCAACUUGCAGGAAAUUCAGAAGACAAAAGAAAAUGCCAGACUGUGCCGACGGAGGCUGUUGGAGCGUCCCCGUGUCUUCUACGCCAGAGCGACGAGGCGGCUCCAUUGCUGGGGGUCGAGAAAACCGAGAGGAUCUCUGCCUUCUUUCAGGACAGGCUCAUGGGAUGUGGGCGAAACGAAACAAAUCCGGAGAGCCGGUCCCGGGUGGGCAGCCUGCGUGGUGGUGAACCGGCGCCGUGA